AUGGCUCACCCUCACCUCCCCAACAUGGGGGAAUCACCGCCUCCGGGGCCGCCGCCGCAUCCCAACGCGAUCGUCUGCGAGCGGGUUUACGCCAAGGACCAGCCUCCCAGCCUGCAGGCCGCAUUCACCGAGUUCUACCCUAAUGGCUUGCCAAACGUCUACAAGAUGCUCCAAACACCUGGAGCGGAGGGUGUUCCCCAGACCUAUGUCGAGGACUACCUUCCCGUGGGUUUCUAUACCCAGCUGCGACCUCACGCAAGUGCCAUUUUCUCUACCCAAAAUGGCCAGCGCCCAUUUCGGAAGAUGCAACAUCUGCUUCCUCAGCGCCGAAUUCAUCUCUGGUCUAGGGACGAGAUACAAUCCGUGUGCAACUCUCUGCGAAAGCUGUACUGGGACCACAUGAAAGGCAUGCGACAGCCUUUUUGCUGGGACAACCUGUGGGAGUAUUUUGAUGCAUUUGACUUGUAUCACUAUGGCGCCCUCAACCUCUGGAACGUGGUCAACCAGCUUUUCGACGAGAACAAGACCAUCUACGCUGAUGUCAUUAUAGAGUUUGCCGUCCACAUCGGCCACUGGGCUGACGACUGGCUUCGCAACAAGCACAACAAAACCAAGCUCCUGUCAUGGAACGAGAUCCAUGGGCCCCUUCUGCGCAUCCUAAGCCCUGAAGACUGGACCGACAUUGGUGACGUCCCAGACGAUGCAGUGCCAAUGCUCGCCAAUGCUCUGAAGCAUCGACGGAGGUUGAUGCUCUCGCCUGGGAGCUUGGCUAAAGACGUAAAGCCCAACCACUUGUCUUCGGCUUGCCUCCGCAACAGCCUUGAAAACUGGCUAGCUGGACAAAGGGUCUUCACACCUGCUGGCCUUCCUUCGCCUCCGGAAGUUAGGUCUCACCAUUGUUCACCUGCUUCGAAGGAGGCUCGCGCACCGGUUACUGUGUACGAGGGCAAUCACUACUAUCUCCCACCUGGUAUGCGUCGGUCCUCUAGUGCCGUUGAAAAACUCCAGCAGUCCGCCGCUGCGGCCGGGCCCGUCAUUGCCCAUGGCAGCAACAAGACCAUUACGUCAGAGCCUGCGAGAGCGGCUAGCAGUGAUGGAAGUUCGCAUACUCUGCAGGUUUCGCCCGAAGCGAGGAGCAAAUCGACCGAGCCCAUGCCUUCCUACAAAUCCCCCGUCGCCAAAUCGGUUAGGGAGUCGGAUGCUGGGGCUGAAGGUGUUCCCUCAAAGGUGCGGGACGACGGCUCUCAUCUCGGCGAGAAUGAAGAUGACGAGUACUCAGAGUUUGCUGCGCUUACCCCAACCAAGAUCAGGCGGCGAGGACGUGACAACCCGCGAUCUGCACAAGGAGCUCCUAAGACUACUGUGACCGCAUCACUGCCAGCAUCGGCUGUCAUGAACUUCUCGGAGCUUGCUGGGCCUUCGGUGCCUCCCGAUGGUGGCCUCAGGUCAAUCGACUAUGAAACCAGGCGCCCGUCUGCGCCCGUCAAAGAGAACCAGACUCCUCGACGCAACAAGAACAAGAAGUCAGAACUGUCGACGAGUCAUGGAAAGGAGCAGAAGAAGGGCCAACGAUCCAACAAAUCUGGUACUCGUCCGGCCAAUCAUGACUCAACUGGGAUACGGACAUUGGUCAAUGGCCAACAGAGAUCUGGCUCAGGGCCUCAUGCAGUCGCUGGAGCAAAUGGUAAACAGGGAUACCAAGCCUCGUCCCGUAUGAUUCACCCACAAGCUUCUUCGAGCUUCACAUUUCACCAAGUCGGAGCUCCCACCGCUCAUGACCCCCAACGCAGCUAUUCUGGUCUUCAGCAACACCCAGAUAUCUCAACUAGCGUGGACUAUCGGCAUCAGACCCCGCAACACCAGCCAGUCCCGCCCAAGGGUUUCAUGGCGCAUGGAGGUCGAGGUAACAGCAUUUCUUCUCGUUUCGAGCAGAACGAGAACCAGUGGUCUCACCAACAUCGCCCCGAGAAUUUCAACAACGUUCCACUCACACCUAAUCGUGGAGGUUAUUACCGUGGGGGGCCUCGUAGAGGAGGAAGCCGUCGCGGAUCCAAUAACCAGCGGAAUGUGACAGCACCGGCUGUUCAGCAUCAGGUUGACCACGGAUUCAACCACAAGAGACGUGACGGGGCACCCUGGAACAAUCCCCAAUGGCGUCGACAAGGCUCGAACAUGACACAGUCAUUCUGUCGCAACGUCGAUAGCCCUCUUGGCGCCGAGUAUGUCCCCUGCUCCUGCGAGCUGUGCAACGCUCGGAACCGCAGCGUGCACGUCAAAGUCGAGGUUGGUCAAGACCGUGUCGGACUCGAUCUAGUGACGCGGAUCAAACUUGGUCUUGGGGCUCGAUACGGAAUCGUUGAGGAGGUCUUUGCCAUACCCUCGAAAGAUCCGGGCCAUUUCCUCGCUCGAUUCCGCGACGAACAUUCUGCCAGACAGGCUCUUACGAUUGGUGGAGGUUACAUAGUUGAGAAGGGAAUCACAAUCAGAGUCUCGCCGUCGGUGCGAUCAAAAUGGAUGUCCCUUCUCCCGAGCAACACCCCGGAGGCUGCCAUUCCGCCAGCCGUUCAAGCGCCAAUGGCUAUGGGCUUCCCAUCCCAUCCGGUGCACACCCCAAUGGUGAUGAGUCAUCCCAGAGCCCUUCCUGCUUCUCAUGCGAUGUCUGGACCGAUCUAUUCUGUUGCUGGUAAUAUGCAGAUGAUGGGCCAGGAGUUUGUGCCUCCACCCUUCUUUCUCCAUGACGCGCAGUUUGCCCGAGGCCCAUCGGGAUUUAUCAGGCCCCCUUUCCUCGAGCAACCACACACUGGCACACAGCCAGCAACUCAAUCACAGAGAUUCCAUCACCAAGAGCAGAUUCCAAUCUCAGCGCCUUUCGAGACUGCCCCCCUCGUUGGCUCCCCUACCGCUGGCCUUGAGGAGGACACUGGAUCCCCUGCCGAGACUCUGCAAUCGAAGCCACCAUCUGAGGAAGCGCUGGAUGAGACUCAAGACAUUGAACAAGAUGGAUUCAGAAGUCCCCAGAGCAACAGAAGCAAGAUUACUGGGGUGAAGGCUAGGGUUUCUUUGCCCAACACUCCCCCAAAGUCUGCCCAAGCUCACCUGACUGUCCACACACCUCCUCAGGCGCCCGCUGAAGCCAUGACCGGAGGCAUCGAUGAACAGCCUUGUGAAGACACAAAGGUUGGAACUGAGAGCGAAACUCAAGCAGGAGCGGAAACUACAAUCCAACCCAAACACCCUCUGGAACCAGAAGAGAGCGGCCCAACCAACCAUGCUCGCGUGCCAAGCAUCUUUACGGAAGACCAGAUCAAGGAAAGACGACAAGCAUGGGCCAAAAUCUCGAUGCCCCUUAACCCACGCAAAUCCAAGCCCACCUCACCAACCAAGAACCACAGCCCUGUCCCAAAGGAUGGUGCUUUGCGUGUCCCGCAGUGCGACAGACUUGAGGCUAACAUGCCAAAUGGAUUCGAGAUGUCUUCGCCGACUCAGCCCAAGACGUACACUCCCGAGACUGGCAGUGAAUACGAGCCGUCCCCUGAGAAGGUCCCUGACGGAAUUACCUCGUGCGCCGAGAAAGCAGACCGUCCUACAACCCCUUCGAACCAAGCAGUAGGAAGUGAAGCAGCCUCCAAUGGACGGCUCAGCGAACCCGUCAUCCAACCGCAACCUCAAGCAGAAGUAUUCAGCGUCGAGGAGGCCAUCAUCACCAAAGGAAGACACCCCAAAUCUAGUCGAGUUGCCGAAAUUCAGGAGCCUGGGCGGGAGGCAUCUAUGGGCACCUUCGAAUCGGACAACAAACCAGAUCCAUCGACAGAAACUCAGAGCAAGGGAAAGUUGAAGAAGUCAAAGAGGAAGAAGAAGGGAAAGCAAAACGGUGAUUCCCAGAUCAACACGUCAAGGCCACCUCUUCCUCAAACAUGGACUGGUUUCCAAGAUCCAUAUGUCACAGCCGAACUAACGCAGCCCAUGACUAUGCCAGACCCAUCCACACACUUUGGAGGUCAAGCGUCCGGCUCACCCUCUUCAGGCAAGAGGAAUCACGAUGAUGGAAGCCAAUCGUUCAGCCCUGGCUCGACGAAGCGAACUAAGAAGUGCGAUUCCAACAUGGGCUCCGCACAAGAUAACCAAGCGCCAUCACCUUGGACAUUUGAUGAGUCUGACUCUCCAGAGGAAGCUGUGCGUGGCCGCAAGGGAUUCAGAGAGGGCAGAGGAGGAUCUCUUCGAAUUGGGAAACAACGCCGACCGCGUGCUAUCAUGCCUCAACCUACACUCACCGAGCAACACAUUAACAACCAGGCUUCCCCACCAUCAUCUGACUUCGUCUUUGAAAGUCCCCAGUUCGCGGCUCCAAACGGCACCUCGUCAUUGGUGAACGGGGCCAAGACUGGCGCAAAAAGCCGACUCAACCCCAAGGCGCAGGAGUUUGUCUCACCAUCGAGGCCGACGGGUGACGGAAAAGCGGGUUCUAACAAGUCGAGUCCUCUCAAGGAUUUGAGCAUCAAGUCUCAGGAAAACUCAUCUGGACCUCGGGGUGAAGGUGAGAAGUCUUCAGAGAUAGGUGCCGACAACCACCAAGCAUUCCCACGUGGAGCGAGCGACCUUGCUCUCCAGCACCACCGAGCGCUCUCUGAGGGUACUAAGAAGGAGAACCGCAGCAACGAGACUGGAGCACAUGGAGAGGGCAAGAAGGCGGCAGCCAAGGGCAAGAAGGCGGGAAAGGGAAAAGACAGGGCCGUCACCUCAGGGGCAAAGGUGGACGACAAGGCCGGAACCAAACAGGAGAAGAAGCAGCCAACGCCACAGACCCCAGAUGGAAAAAGGGCCAAAGACAAGAAGCGGGAGCUAGUGGUCAACGACGACUGGCCAUCCUUGCCGGGACCUCGCGACCGGGCUCCUUCAAAGCCGCAGACGCCAUCAGUGUGGAGUGCAAAGAAGAAGGCGACGUCGACGGGGGAGGAGUGCGGCUCUGGACAUGGGUCACCUCAAAAAAAAGACUAA